GUCCUGCUCAUCUUCUGGUUCAACAUGAAGACCAUCAGCUUUUCAGGUUGCUUACUGCAGAUGUUCAUUAUGAAUACCUUCCUCCCCAUGGAAUCUUCCACCUUUCUGGUCAUGGCCUAUGAUCGCUAUGUGGCCAUCUGCCACCCACUGCGCUACUCCUCCAUCAUCACAGAGCAGUUUGUCAUCAAUGCAGCCAUCUUCGAUCUCCGCAAUCUGCUAGCCACACUGCCUACUCCAGUCCUGGCUGCUAGGCUCAACUACUGUGCCAGCAACGUGGUGGAGAACUGUAUAUAUGCCAACAUUUCUGUAGCCAAGCUCUCCUGUGGGGAUGUUCACCUCAAUACGCUCUAUCAAUUCAUGAGUGUUCGGUGCCUUCCAGGUUCUGACAGGGUGCUCAUCUUGCUGUCUUACUGCUUCAUUUUGAGGGCUGUUACAAGCUUGCAAGCAAAGGGUGCUGUGGCCAAGGCCCUGAGCACAUGUGGGUCCCACUUCAUCCUCAUCCUCUUCUUCAGCACAGUGCUGCUAGUUCUGGUCAUCACUAACCUGGCCAGGGAGAGAAUUCCCCCUGAUGUCCCCAUCCUUCUCAACAUCCUGCACCACCUCAUUCCCCCAGAGCUGAUCCCCAUUGUUUAUGGUGUAAGGACCAAGGAAAUCAAGCAGGGAAUCCAAAAACUGCUGAGAAGCUUUUAA